UUGUUUUUCUAAAAAUAAUAACAAUCACAUCAUAUUACCACAAACUGCAAAGAGAGGAUGGAGCGCGUGCAACAGUGCGCGUGCGUCCAAUCCAGGCUCGUGCAUCUGUCCACCUGCUGAAAUGCUGGAGGCAGACUGCUGUCAGUGCUCACCGCAAAACAAAAACGCACCGGACAAAACUGAACAGUGCUCUCUUAAACACUUUUUAAAUCAGUUAGAAAUGUUCGUCCUUCAUAUCCAACUUUGUUCCAACUAACAUCUAGAAGUUUGAGACUUUUUUUUAAAGUGAACAUUGUGUGAUGGACGUGCGCUUUGGACAGGUGCCACUCACCGUUACGCACAGGCACGGCGGGGUGAACCAGCUCGGCGGUGUCUUCAUUAACGGGCGCCCGUUACCGCACGUGGUGAGACAACGCAUCGUGGAGUUUGCUCAGCGGGGCGUGCGUCCCUGUGAGAUCUCCCGCAGGCUACGCGUGAGUCACGGCUGUGUCAGCAAAAUACUGGCCAGGUACAAUGAGACAGGAAGCAUCAGACCAGGAGUGAUUGGAGGCUCUAAGCCCAAAGUGGCCACUCCCAGAGUUGUGCAAACAAUCCUGCAUCUGAAACACACCAACCCCACCAUGUUCGCCUGGGAGAUCCGAGACAGGCUGCUGCUGGAGCGAGUGUGUGACCACGACAGCGUGCCCAGCAUCAGCUCCAUCAACAGGAUCAUUAGAAACAAAGUCCAAUCAGAGUCUUGUGAAGUUGUGUCAUCAGCAUCAUCUGUCACCAUGGAGACAAGUUACUGCUCCGAGUCCACCUACUCCAUCAGCGGCAUUCUGGGAAUCAGGAAAUGCAGCAGCAAACAUGAGGAAGGAGGGGAUGUCUCCUGCUACCAAGACCAGACAUGUUCCUGUAAUGACACCUGGGGAUGGUCUGAACCCUGCCUCGCCUCUUUCUCCAGCCUCACCUUUCACCCUGGUUUGCCAGCUCAUGAUAAUCCAGACCUCUUAGGGCCCCCGUGUCAUUACAGCUAAACAGGGCUACAAAAGCCCUCAGAAGAAAGAUCAUCCCCUCAGCGGCAAAACAAGAAGAUUUUACAGGUUACUUGACUGAAACUAUAAUUAUUACAACCCGGCUUACAUCAUUUACAAACAUGUUGAAAUAAA